GCCCCGUGACAGCUCUAGUCGCAGCCCAGUCCUCACACAGGCCACAAGAGUAGCCCCCGAACCAACAGCAGCCCCAGCAGAUUCGAAGAUGGUGUACGAAAACGACUUUUACACGAGCCGCAGGACUGUGCGGCCCGCGCUGGCCACCUACACCCACACGCGGUACAAGGCGCCCGAGCACCUGACGCCGACGAUGCUGCGCCUGUCUGAGGUGCCGCCGCUGUUCACCGCCUUCGGAAGAGCGCCCCGAGCCCCCGGCGACGAGUCCGGCCUGACGAGCGCGUACACCCCGCCGCGCCGCACCCUGCGCUCCGUGGCCCCUGACAUGCCCUCGCACCUUUACACUUUCUACCGCUACUACCGCCACUAGUGGAGCGAGCUAAUCCACCUCUCUCACAUUCGCAUCACAUUUUCUCUCACCCGAUUUGAAAUUUAACUGCAAAUUUUCAGAAAAAUGUUCCGUCCGUUUGCACUUGGCAAAUGUGUAAAUAAUUUUAUUGCUUAAUUUUACUUCUGUUUCGACUUUUGGGAAAAAGGAAAACAUAAAAAAAUAAUUUUCAUCUUUAUAAAUAACAAGCAUGUUGUUCAAAUUUUUGUAUUAGAUUUGCAAGACCUUUUCUUCUUGAUAAAUUUGAAGAAAGUAAUUUUAAUUUAAAAGGCGUCAAAAUUUUCUUUCUUAAUUUUCGGCAAAUAUUCUUGAAUUUGCCACUUAAACUAUUAAAUAAAUUUUGAUUAAAUUUCCUUUCCCAAAUAUUGAAACGAAGGAUUUCGCUUUCCAAAUAAAACCAGCAACUCAGUUUUUUCUUAACUAUUAAAAAAUUAAAAAUAUAAACUUUUUCAAUAAAUUUUUGGGUUGAGCGUAGUGACGAGGUGGCAUCACGCCCCACAGCCGUGGAAUGUAGCCGUGGAUGAAAUUCGCGCGUGGGCAGUUUUAAUGGCCGAGCGAGUUAAAAACGGCAUCCGAGCCAACACGCUAUUAUUAUUUCUCUCUCACUGAAUUGGCUCGCCUGCAAAAAUUGCUGCAAAAAAAAAUGCAAAUCGGCAAUUAAUAUGGCGGCAGGUGCUGGCGUUUGUAAAUGAGCCGAGAGCGGGCGAAUUUUUGCAGGCAAAGUCGUUUUUGACUCCAGCUAGGCCAUUGAAGCUCGGUCCACGCGCACUACUAAAAGUAAAAGUAAAAAAAACACACACAAAACUUUUUUACAAGAGAGGGCGCGUCACUGCGGCUUUCACGAGAUUAAUUAAUUCGCAGACUCGCUACUUUUUGAUUUUAUUUUUUAUUUUUCCACACCCGCUGCAAAACUUUUAACGAGAGAGCAGGUCGCAUACUACUUUCAUAAUUAUCUCUUUAGUUGUUGAAACACUCUUUCCAGCUUAAGUUAAUUAACGGAUUAAUUAAUUAUACUAAUGAAUUAAGACGCUGCUGCAUUCUUCUCUAUUUAUUUAUAUAUUACACCGUUUAUAGAAUAAGCUCAGGUUUUGUGGUGCUGUAGGACUUAAUCGAACGAAUUAAUGCAUUGAUUAACGAAACUAUAUAUCGGCUCACUAAUUGGCACAAAAUAAUUGUAAUCGCAUCUAGUUUUUGAUUGGUGGAUGUUUUAAUUCAAACGCUGUCUGCUAAUUUUUAAUUAAAACAAAAAAUCCACCCCCUCUACCAAAAAUCCCUCAAGUCAGAGAGCCACGCGAAAUAUACGAAAAUCGCCAUAGAAUUGCGUAGAAUAUGUGCCGCCCAGGUACUCCCACACGACGCCCAGCCACCACCUCUACGCGUACGCCACUUACGCGCUGCCUGCGCUUCUGUCCGUAACCCUGGCCGCGCGAUCUCCUUCUCGCGCGCGCAAUAGAUUCCACGUUACACCAGGGCGACUUCGCCUGUCACGCUGCUGAUGCCGGGCCACUACUCGAUGCCCGCGCUGGCCCACCAACGGCUGUCCCCGCACGUGCCGUCCCGCAUGCGAUCGGCGGCCAUCGCGUCCGAGCUCAACAGAAUCCAAUCCCGCAGCAGACCCAGGGUUGGCAGUGUGCCUUGUGAGGACUUUCUGAACUCGCACGAGAUUACGAAUUUUGAGGACGAGGCUAGGGAAAUCAAAGCCCGCACCAACGAAAUCAUGACCCGCGUGAGGUCACCCGUGCCCAGAGGCUACCACACAGACAUGCUGAUUCCCAAGUAUUUGGAAAGGGAUCUGGACCCGGUUUCCCACCACUCGUACAUCGAGACUAACGUGUACUCGCCUAUGAGGCAGAUCCAUCAGGACAUCAGCACCAAGUCCCGCUACUCUGAGCCCGGCAAAGCCUACAUUGGUAGGGGUCACCUGGCGUGCAUCACCUUCGCGGGCGGCAGACCCAUCGGCAGGCGACGUCCCCUUCCUCGCUACGACGAGGACCGCAACAUCAGAGACGACGUCAAGUUCCUGUCCUACUACUCGCGCGCCCGCGGCGGCGGCGCCACCGGCACCGACGCCACCAUCGAGAUGGCCAAAGCACUCCUGGCCACCAGCGCGCCACGCCACCUGGCAAGCGAGUCCGAUUUGGUCUCCCCGCCCGCCACCCCUAGGGCUCCGGCUUCCUGCAUCACCCGAAUUGAACAGGCGCAACGAGAUAGGAAACGCGCAAGCAAUGUGGAUGCAACCGUGAAGAGGCAGCCCGUUCAGGUCACGCCGAGCAACACCAAGGAAUUGGCGCUGGCCAGGGCCCAGUGCGAAGAAGGUCGUGAGGCAGGACGUCAAGCCAUGGCUGAAGCCAAGGCUUCCGAGCAUCUGACCGACGAGCAGAAGGAACGCGCAGCCCGCAGGAAGAAGCGGCAGGACGAGGUCGAGGAGGAGGCCCGUCGCGAGGUGGAGGAGCAGCGGGCCCAGCGUUUGGAGCAGAAGCGCAAGGCCGCUUCGGAAGCAAACAGGGAGCAGCAGGAGGCUGAGGACAAAAAGAGGCGGGAGGAGGAACAGCAACGCCAGGCCGAGGAGGCCGAGAUCAGAAGACAACAGCAGCAGGAGGAAGCUGCUCGCAGGAAAGCCGAGAAGGAAAAGAAGGAGCAGUUGAGAAGGCAACAGGAAGAGGAGGAGCGGAAGGCCGAGGAGGCCCGUCUUGCCGAAGAGGCUAGAAUUGCAGAGGAGGAAAGAAUCGCCGAGGAGGAAAGGAAAGCUGAAGAAGCCAGGAUUGCGGCGGAGGAAGCCCAGAAGGCCGAAGAGGCCAGAAAGGCGGAAGAAGCGCGUCUAGCUGAAGAAGCAAGACAGGCUGAGGAGGCCAAGAAAGCCGAAGAAGCACGCCUGGCUGAAGAGGCCAGGAAAGCAGAGGAGGCACGUCUCCUUGCCGAGGAGGAAGCCAAGAAGGCGGAGGAAGCCAGACUUCUUGCUGAAGAAGCUGCAGCCAAGGCAGCUGAAGAGGCCAAACUCGCGGCCGAAGCGGCUGCUGCUGAAGAAACAGUCACUCUGGUUGAAGCUCCAGUCGAAGCUGAAGCCGAGCCCGAAGUUCCUGCAGCGGAACCUGAAUCUGCAGAAGAAACGCCAGCGGCUGAGGAGCCAGCAGAGCCUGUUGUUGCGUCCGAAGAAUCUGCUCCUGAGCCUUCCGUUGAAGAACCCGAAUCGCCAGUGGCCGCCGAGCCAGCACAGAACGGCCACUCAGAGACGACGAUUGAAGAGGUAGAGAUUGCCAUCGCCGGCGACGACUCGGAAGAGGCUGUUGUGAAGAAGGCGCAAGAAGCGGUCUCUCAAGAAGAGGAGACCGCCUGAUUUGCCCAAGCCACACAACAAGACUUUCUCCUCUGAUGUAAAAUUCUCUUUGUUCUGACCAUAUCGAUUUGUACGUAAACAUGUAAAUAUUUAUCGAGGCGGCUGAUGCGUUGUUUUUAACCCUUUAAACAAGAAUAUUAUAAUUAAAUAUUAAAUGUGAAUCAGGCCCUUCGUUCGAGCAGCUACACUGUAAAUACUUGAGAUUAACGUACGCCCUCACAUAUUGUUGAAUUAAUAAUAUACAUUAUAAUAUAAAUAUAUUUGCUUGCAGGAGUAUUGCCUUGUUAAAAUCGUGUUUGCAAUAUAAUUCAUAAAGUGGAACAUGUCGCCAUGUAUUCCUAUUUAAAACACAGAAUAAACAUAAAACCGUAAA